UGUACACAGUGACACAGUGUUCCUUCCGCACCGCACCAACAUGGCGAAAAAGACGUCGCUGGAAAAAGCGUCCCAAAAUGACGAUAGUAAUAAAUUAAAUGAAGAUCCAGUAGAUGACGAUGAAGAGCCGAAUUUUAGUGAUCCUGAAGGAUACGUGGAUGAUAUCUCCGACGAAGAACUCCUUGGAGAUAUCCUCAGUACGAAACCUUCCGAAACUGAUGGCGUUGAGUCAGUCAUCGUGGUCGAUGGAGUUCCCCAGGUCGAGCCAAACCGUUUGGAAAAGCUCCAAGCCGUUAUUGACAAAAUAUUCACAAAGCAUGGGCCAAUUGUCAACAAAUACUAUCCGACAAACGAGUCUGGUGUCACAAAAGGAUACAUCUUUUUGGAAUUUGAAAAUCCACAUCAAGCUUUGCUUGCUGUUGCGAAAGAGAACAAUUUCAAAAUCGACAAAUUCCAUACCUUCAAGGUGAACUUGUUUACGGAUUUUAAAAAGUUUGAGGAUAUUCCGGAUGACUGGGAACCACCAAAGCCCCAACCUUUCAAGGCUGCUGGCGAUCUUCACUAUUUUCUACUCGAUCCGGAUGCGUACGAUCAGUAUUCGGUUUUGUCCGGUAACUCUUCGGCGGUUGCUGUUCAAAUCUGGCAAAAUUCGGCACCUGAACCUACCAUCGUCGAAGAGCGCGCGAGAUGGACAGAGACUUAUGUGAAAUGGUCUCCUCUCGGAACUUACUUGUGUACGUUCCACAAACUCGGAGUCGCACUUUGGGGAGGGCCUCAAUUUACACAGCAAGCCAGAUUUGGUCAAAAGGGCGUGGAAUGUGUCGAUUUUUCGCCCUGCGAGCAAUACCUAGUGACUUACACUCCUCGCUCCGAUGGAACUCCAGAUCAAAAGCGCGUCGUUAUUUGGGACAUUUUUACCUCCACGGAAAAGCGAUCCUUCAAUUUGGAAGUAUAUUCCGUCUGGCCGAUCUUCCGCUGGUCUCACGAUGAUAAAUAUUUUGCCUGCAUUGGCGAGGAUCUUUUGAGCGUUUACGAAACUCCAUCAUUUGGUCUUCUCGACAAGAAGAGUUUCAAAAUACCGGGAAUCCGAGACUUCAGCUGGUCACCUUCUGAUAAUGUCUUGGCUUACUGGGUCCCUGAGGAUAAGGAUGUUCCUGCGAGAGUAACUCUCUUGGAAAUUCCAAACCGUAAUGAAAUUCGUAACAAGAAUCUGUUCAACGUAGCUGACUGCAAGAUAUUUUGGCAGAAGUCUGGCGAUUAUCUGUGUGUGAAAGUUGAUCGUUUUGCCAAGCGAAAGGAGAAGAUGGAACGGCAAUACACUGGAAUGUCUUACAAUUUUGAAAUCUUCCACAUGAGAGAAAAGCAAAUUCCCGUUGACAGUGUGGAAAUCAAGGAACCGAUUCAUGCCUUCGCGUGGGAGCCAAUUGGCAUGAAAUUCUCCAUUAUUCACGGAGAAGUUCCGGCUGUCAACGUGAGUUUCUACGAGGUGCGGUAUGGACACCAACCUGCUCUUCUGAAAAAAUUCGAGAAGAAGGCUUGUAAUCACCUGUUCUGGUCACCCGCUGGUCAAUUUAUUGUCCUCGCUGGUCUGACGUCAAUGUCUGGAGCCCUCGAAUUCAUCGAUACGAACGACUUCACAAUCAUGAAUCAGACUGAUCAUUAUCAAACAUCGGAUGUGGAGUGGGAUCCGACUGGGCGCUAUGUCGUAACUGCGGUCUCGAGUUGGAAGACUAGUGUGGAUAACGGAUACUGGAUUUGGACUUUCCAAGGACGAAUUCUGAAACGUGUCAACUUGAACGGAUUUAACCAACUCUUGUGGCGUCCGCGACCUCCUACCCUAUUGUCUGCUCAGCAGAUAAAGGAAAUCAAAAAGAAUUUGAAGAAGUAUUCGGCUCAAUUCGAGAGCAAAGAUCGAAUGCGACUCACGCGUGCUUCCAAGGAAUUAAUCGAGAAACGUUGUGCUUUGAUGAAAGCAUUUUUGGAAUAUCGCAACGAAAGGAUUGAGUUAUGGAAGAGUCAGAAAAAACGUCGUUUGGAAUUACGUCGCCAUAUUGAUACGGAUGAGCUGGAUUCAGACACGAAGAACGUGGAGGAGGAAGUUGUUGAAUUUUUCGUAAAGGAAGAGAGUUUCAUCAUUGACGACAAAUAAAAGCGGGGACAGAAAACUUUUCCAGCUGAACAUUAAGACCUCAAGGAAGAGAGCAUUUGUUGCCUCAAAGGAAAAAAAAAAAGAUUCAACAUAGCAAGAUUAAUUCAGAGUCGAAAUUGCUGCUGAAUUACUAACCGGCAGCAUGUUGGUUAUUUGCGGUAAUGGACAAGUCGUUUUUUAUUACCUCUACAAUCUUAAUAAAAUUUCUAUGACUUUGCGCGUUAAGCAUUGCCAUUGUAAUUACGUACAAUUUUAUGAAUUUUAUCACAUACCCUACAGAAUACUUCAUUCCUGGAUGAAUAAACACCUUGAUACGUUUGUUCAAA